AUGAGCAUGAUCCAGGCAAUGACGCAGCCGGGUGCGCCGGUGACGCCGACAGUCGCGAGCCCGGCGUCGAAGCACACCUGUCCGCACUGCGCGCAGUCCUUCACCCGACACCACAAUCUCAAGUCGCAUCUGCUCACCCAUUCCCACGAGAAGCCCUUCACCUGCUCGACCUGCAACUCCAAGUUCAGGCGGCUGCACGAUCUCAAGCGCCACUCGAAGCUGCAUACCGGCGAAAAGCCCUACGUCUGCAACAAGUGCGGCCGCAAGUUCGCCCGCGGCGACGCCCUCGCCCGUCAUGGCAAGGGCGCAAACGGCUGCGCUGGCCGCGCUGAUGGCGAUAACUCGGACGAAGACGACGACGACGACGACGACCGCCAGCAGCAGGUUCACCAGCAGGUCCAGCAGCAGCAGCAGGCCCAGCAGCAGGCUCAGCAGGCCCAGCAACAGGCCCAGCAGCAGCAGGCGCACGACUAUCUGGCCCACAAGCGCACCUCCCUGCCCGCCAUCCGCACGCCGGACCAGCAGCCUCAGCAGCCUCAGAAGCAGCCUCUCUACCAGCAGUCCUUCUCCGCAGAGUCCCCGCGCAUCCUCUCGCCUCUGCCCCACGCCUACCAGCAGCCUCCGCCUCCUCCGCCGUCGGCGCCGCAUCACCAGCCGCCUCCCGUGCACCAGCAGCAGCCACAACAGCAGCAAGCCGGCCCGCCCUCGCAGUCGCCUGCAUCGGCCGCGCUCUACUCCAACUUUGGCACCCUCAUACCCCAGGGCGGACCCGGCGGCCCUGGCUCGACGCAGAACGCAAACGCCUUCCUCCAGAACCAGCCCUAUCUGCAGGCCCAGGCUGCCGUCUCCGCCGCCGCCGGCCAUCACCACUCGACGAUCGAGGAGAGUCUGUGGGGAUACGUCAGAGGCCUCGAGGAUCGACUGCGAGACUCUGAAGAGCGCCUCCAGCGCGCCGAGAACCGUAUCGGUUUCCUCGAGCGCGAGCUGAUGGCAAACAAGCGAUGA